GAAAGAAAGAAAAAAAGAAAGAAAGAAAAAAAGAAAGAAAGAAAAAAACCUUUGCAUUUUUGCAGGAAUUUGGAACUGAAGGAAAACGCGCUCAUUUCCAGGACACUGAGGGGGCAGAGACAUCACAGCCAGCUGAGCCUUGUCAUGCCACGCUGUGUGUCACCGCCGGCUGGGCUGUGACUUGUUCAGCUCGGAGGAGAGAAAUCAUUAGUCAGAAAAGCCGGGAAGCCGCGGUUCGCCCUGGCCCUGCCCUCCGCACAAAGGGAGAGGGUGGAGACUGCCCGGGGUGACGGAGCGCGGGGAGCCCGCGGAUGUGAUGAUCCGGGCGGCACCGGCAGAGCCGAGAGAGCCGCUCUCCUCCCUUCUCCUCAUCCUGCAUCCCUCAUCCCGCAUCCCUCCCCGCUGACCCGGACCUGCUGCUGAGGAAAGAUGGCAGAGGACCAGCCACACCUGUGCAUUCAGAUGUCAGAGCCUGGUACAAAUGGCAUUCCCAGCGGAGCGCAGCCCUCGCCAGGCUUGGCUGGCAGGGCAGGCAGUGUGCUCACCUUCCACAACAUCUGCUACCGUGUCAAGACAAAGACUGGGCUCCUGUGCUUCCGAAAAACCACCCAGAAAGAAGUUCUGAGAGACGUCAAUGGCAUCAUGAAGCCAGGACUGAAUGCAAUUUUGGGACCCACUGGCAGCGGUAAAUCUUCGCUGCUGGACAUUUUGGCUGCCAGGAAGGAUCCCCGUGGGCUCUCUGGUGACAUUUUGAUCAAUGGAGCUCCUCAGCCUGCCAACUUUAAAUGUACCUCCGGGUACGUAGUACAGGAUGAUGUGGUGAUGGGAACCCUGACUGUAAGAGAAAAUCUGCAGUUCUCAGCAGCACUCCGCUUGCCAAAGUCAGUGAAGGAACGGGAGAAAAAAGAAAGAGUGAAUCAGAUCAUCAAGGAGCUGGGUUUGAGCAAAGUGGCAGAUUCCAAGGUUGGUACCCAGUUCACUCGCGGGGUGUCUGGAGGAGAGCGGAAAAGGACCAACAUUGGGAUGGAGCUCAUCACGGAUCCUGCCGUCCUGUUUUUGGAUGAGCCAACCACGGGGCUGGAUGCCAGCACUGCUAACGCUGUCCUGCUGCUACUGAAAAGGAUGUCAAAACAAGGAAAGACAAUCAUCUUCUCCAUCCACCAGCCCCGGUACUCCAUAUUCAGACUGUUUGACAGCCUGACACUGCUGGCUGCAGGGAGAGUGCUGUACCACGGCCCUGCCCAGGAGGCCCUCAACCACUUUCAGUCCAUUGGCUACCAGUGCGAGCCCUACAACAACCCCGCCGACUUUUUCCUGGAUGUCAUCAAUGGAGACUCCACUGCCGUGGCAAUGAACAAGGCUGAAGAAGAUAACACAGAGAGCACUGAAGAAUACUCUGAAUAUGAUAAAACCUUGGCUGAACAAUUAGCAGAAAAAUACUCCGACUCUGCCUACUACCGAGAAACAAAAGCGCAUUUAGAGAGCAUUUCUUCAGGAAAUAGAAAGAAAAACAAAGCACUGUUCCGGCAAAUCACAUAUGCCAAUUCCUUCCUCCACCAGCUGAAAUGGGUGUCCAAGCGCACAUUUAAAAACAUGAUAGGAAACCCUCAGGCUUCCAUAGCUCAGCUUUUUGUUACAGCUCUUCUGGGACUCAUUGUAGGUGCCAUUUUCUUUGGACUUGAACAGAAUUCUGCUGGACUACAGAACAGAGUGGGUGCAAUGUUCUUUCUCACCACCAAUCAGUGUUUCAGCAGCGUCUCAGCUAUUGAACUCUUCGUUGUGGAAAAGAAGAUAUUUAUACAUGAAUACAUCAGUGGGUACUACAGAACAUCUGCAUACUUCAUAGCAAAGCUAAUGGCUGAUUUAAUACCCAUAAGGACUCUGCCCAGCAUCAUCUUCACCUGCAUUGUUUACUUCAUGCUAGGUUUGAAGCCAACAGUAGACGCCUUCUUUAUAAUGAUGUUCACCCUCAUGAUGGUGUCCUACACAGCCACUUCCAUGGCUCUUGCCAUUGCAGCAGGACAGAGCGUGGUCUCGGUAGCAAACCUACUCGUGACUGUGGUCUUUGUUUUUAUGAUUAUUUUCUCUGGGUUGCUGGUCAAUCUCACAAGUGUCAUGUCCUGGCUCUCCUGGCUCAAAUACUUUAGCAUCCCUCGAUAUGGAAUGACAGCUUUACAGAUCAAUGAGUUGACUGGUCUGGACUUCUGUGGCAGCAGUAACAACACAGUUUUAAGCAGUGACAGUAGAUUUCGACAGAUGGGACGGGCAUGCACUGGAGAGGAGUAUCUGGACAGUCAAGGCAUCGAAGUGAGCUCCUGGGGCCUGUGGCAGAACCACCUGGCUUUGGCCUGCAUGACGCUCAUCUUCCUCACCAUCGCCUACCUCAAACUGCAUUUCAUGAAGAAGUUCUCUUAAAACAGGAGGGAAAGAUGCAAUUCCCACUCUUCAGUAGCUUGCUGAACUGGUUGUGUAACUGACUUGAUUAUUUUUAAAGAGACUUUUCUUUUAUUAUUACCCAAGUCAACAACACGGACUCCAUCUUUGUUAAUGUACUCUGCCGUAAUGUCUAGCAUGGCUCACUCCUCUUUGCCACAAAGAAGUGUACAGCUGUUCAUUUCUUCAAGACAUUAUUCAGUCUUUCUUCAUGUUCUAGCUCUGUCAAGCACUAUAUUUAAUAUUUAGGGGCUUAACCUGAAAAAAAAUAGUGGUUCCAUACUUUAAUUAGCACCUACUUUCACCAGGAAGUAAUUCAGGCCAAAGUGAUGCUUAUCAGGACACCAACAGAGUCUCAGCUGCUUCUGUGGUCACAGGAUGUGAGACAGGGACAAAAUCCCUUCCAUCCCAGUGCCUUUUCCUCUUUGGGAAUCAUUACUGCUCUUGAAUGUACUUAUUGAUGACAUCAAGCCUUUCUUGCCUCACUCAAGUGAUAGAAGCACUGUUUUUGUAAAUAAAGGUGUUCUUACUUACA